AUGGCAGGCCUACCGCCUUUGGAUAUCAAGCCCCAAUCACAACAAGGUUAUGUUUCCUCAGCAGGAUCCGACACCCGGAAAUCUUCCACCAGUUCAGGCAAGAAGCGCGCUUCCAGAGCAGGAACUCGCAGUGUGACCACACUAUCAGCCGCACAACUCGAACGGAAACGUGCAAAUGACAGAGAAGCCCAGCGAGCCAUCCGCCAGCGGACCAAGGACCACAUUGACCACCUGGAAGGCAACUUGAGUGAGCUUCGGAGCGCACAGGAGUCGAGCGAAAAGAUCGUACAAGUCACACAACAACGCAACCGCGAGCUUGAGAGCGAGGUAGCCUACCUGCGCAGCAAAUUACAGGAAGCUGGUUUUAACCUCAGCCUCCCAACGACAGAAUCUCAACGAACAUCCGACUCGACCCAUUUGCGAGCUCCCUCAACAUCACCCGGCCUGCCAACCGGCCAAAGGCGAGAAUCUCUCGCAUCCACAGGCUCCCACCCGACCUCGCGUCAUGGCUCAUGGCAGCACUCCAACGCUGGAUUUGUACCCAGUGUGAGCACCUCGAUGGGCAUGUCUGGAUCCGUCACAGUAGCCAGUGGUCCCACUGCUGCAGCAUGGCGAUCACAUGAWGGAGCCCAAAGCAUGUCCGAUCCAAUGCAGGUCCAGUCUGCGAUUUCAUAUCCCCAGGGCGAGCGUGUCGACUGGUCCAACAACGCUGCUCCGUACCAGUACGUGAGCCAGGAGCAACAGAGACCCCAGAAUUAUGAGACAGCACCACUGCAGCAACAGCAGGGUUACCAGCCAUCCUCUGUCCAGUCGUACGGGAAUGGAACGUCGCAGCCGCCGGCAUAUUCACACAUGGCCCCCCAGAACGAUUUCUCCAGCAUGUCGGUAUCUUCCAGUCCAUCCACCUACCAGGUGCAGACCCAACCUUCCUUCCCUCAGAGCGGCUCAUUCCAGGUCACCCCGAUGCAGGUCCCUACCACUGGCUCGGAAUAUACUUCUCCACAUAGCCACAUGCAGCCACCGUCUCUACCACCGUUUCAUGCGAGCCAUGGUGAGCAGUCCUACGCAUCGCAGCAGGAGACAUCUCCGAUGCAAUACCGCAACGAAAACGCAGGAAGACCUUACCCGUUGCCGCAUUAUCCGACAGGUCCCACUGUCUAG